ACUAAACUAACACUGCUAAGCUUGGCUUGGAUGUUUAUCUUUAAAUACGAACCGCAAAAUACCAAAGUUAGCUGUUGAUACUAGCUAAUUAAAAUCGGCAUCAUAACAGACACUGCAUUCAAACGGAAACAACGAGCAUUCAAAAAUGAAAUUAUUGACUAGUCUAGAUUGAUAGCAGCAAGCUAGCUGGACACUAUUACUUGACGUCCAGUGCAUAACGUUACACAAAUAAAAAUCAACCAUCUAGGGAUAGCUGGUUUGCCUUUGCUGUGUUUCGUCCAUAUCGUCGGUCACAUUCGAUUAUUAAACCUAAAUAUUAGCUAGCUAACAUGUUUGGAUUAUCUGCAAGUCUAAACCAGAAAUUUAGUUGACUUCGUUGAUAUUAAUGUAUUUAGCUAGCUAACGUCAAUGUACAUUGCAGUACGAAUCUAGACUACCGGCGGCUUCUUGCUAGCUGGAAGAAUCUCAGUUAUCUAACUGUAGACUAGCUAGGCUAUCUCUGUGUGUCAAGAGAUAAUACAUUUAUGUUACUUAGCGUUUUAAUUAUUUUGAUGUGUAGUACUAGCUGUAUAGGUCUAGCUUUCUGUUGGCCUGAUUCCAGUGACCAUUAUCCAAAAGUUUUUGCUAAAGACGGAACAACAAACGCAACGAACGAUAACUGUCAAGGCCAAUGCAGAAAUGGAUAGCAAGACGGUUGUCAUGGAUCACAGGGACUCGUCACCACUCAAACACUUUGUGCUGGCAAAGAAGAAGAUCAGCGCAGUAUUUGAGCAGUUGCUGGAGUAUGUCCAGGAAGGCUCUGAAUUUGUAGAAGAAACAUGCCAAAACGAGGACCUGGAAUGCAUUGCUGAGAAGGAGCAGCAGGCCCAGAUACAGGCCUAUGCCAGGAAGCUGUCUGUGAUCAGAGAGGUGCUGGCCCGCAGACACAUGAAGGUGGCCUUUUUUGGCAGGACGAGCAACGGUAAGAGCACAGUGAUCAACGCCAUGCUGCGGGACCGGGUUCUGCCCAGCGGCAUCGGGCACACCACCAACUGCUUCCUGAGCGUGGAGGGCACCGACGAGGACAAGGCCUUCCUCACCACCGAGGGCUGCGCGGAGGAGAAGAGCAUCAAGACGGUCAACCAGCUGGCCCACGCGCUGCAUAUGGACGAGAGCCUGGACGCAGGCUGUCUAGUCAAGGUGUUCUGGCCAAAGAGCAAGUGCGCCCUGCUGAGGGAUGACCUGGUUCUCAUGGACAGCCCGGGGACUGAUGUCACCUCAGAGCUGGACACUUGGAUUGACAAGUUCUGCCUGGACGCGGAUGUCUUUGUGCUGGUAGCCAACUCAGAGUCCACACUGAUGAACACGGAGAAACAUUUUUUCCACAAAGUGAACGAGCGUCUUUCGAAGCCAAAUAUUUUCAUCCUGAACAACCGGUGGGAUGCGUCUGCCUCGGAGCCAGAGUAUAUGGAGGACGUGCGCAGACAGCACACAGACCGCUGUGUCAGCUUCCUUGUGGAGGAGCUCAAGGUGAUUGACAGGGAGAAGGCGCCCAAUCGCAUUUUCUUUGUGUCUGCCAAAGAGGUGCUGAACUCCAGAAUGCAGCGUGCCCAGGGCAUGCCCGAGGCGGGUGGUGCUUUAGCUGAAGGGUUCCUGGACCGAUUGCAGGAGUUCCAGAGAUUUGAGAGAACCUUUGAGGAGUGUAUCUCGCAGUCAGCAGUGAAAACAAAGUUUGAGCAGCACACGAUCAGGGCUAAGCAGAUCACUGAGACUGUCAGAGCCAUCAUGGACUCCAUCAAUAUCGCUUCUGCUGAAAAGAGGGUCUUUUCACUGGAAGAGAGGGAGUUCCAGAUGGACCGUCUGGACUUUAUUCGCAACCAGCUUAACCUCCUGACUGAGGACAUCAAGAGAAGGAUAAAGGCGGUCACUGAAGAAGUCGCAGCCAAGGUGUCCGUGGCCAUGUCCGAGGAGAUCUGCCGUCUCUCAACGCUAAUCGACGAGUUUCACUCCGAUUUCCAUCCUUCCCCUCACAUGCUGAAACUUUACAAGACCGAGCUGCUCACGCAUGUAGAGGAGGGACUGGGGAAGAACCUGGCUUUCCAGUGCUCCAGUACAGUCGACACCAUCGUACAGUCAUCUCAGAAAGACAUGAUAGACAGAAUCCGGCCGUUGCUGCCCUCUAGUGUCCAGAGCCAGCUCUACAUGCACGUCCCUUGCAGGAAGUUUGAUCUCAGCUAUGAUCUCAACUGUGCGACCCUCUGCUCCGACUUCCAGGAGAACAUUGAAUUCCAGUUCUCCCUGGGCUGGACCGCCCUGGUCAACCGCUUCCUGGGUCCCGCCAAUGCAAAGCGGGCUCUCAGGAUAGUGGAUCAGAACUUUCAGAUUCCCCGGCCUGUAGACAGCACUGCAUCGACCCACGCCGGGCCCCUGGCUCAGGAGGCCACAGCUUCCCCCGAGCAGCUCAUGAUGUCCGUGGCAUCUGGCAUGGCCUCGCUGAUGUCACGAGCCUCCAUGGGCGUGAUCAUCGUUGGGGGCGUGGUGUGGCGUUCAAUGGGGUGGAGGAUCAUCGGGCUGUCCUUCGGGAUGUACGGGUUACUCUACCUUUACGAGAGAAUGAUGUGGACCACCAAAGCCAUGGAGAGGGCCUUAAAACGGCAGUUUGUGGACUAUUCCAGCGAGAAGCUGCGAAUGAUCGUCAGCCUCACCAGCAGCAACUGCAGCCAGCAGGUCCAGCAGGAGAUGGCCACUAGCUUUGCUCGGCUAUGCCGGCAGGUUGACCUGAGCCAGAAGGAGCUGGAAGGAGAGAUCCAGAGGCUGACUGCCCGGAUCCAGCAGCUGGAGACCGUACAGAGCCGCUCAAAGGCUCUCAGACACAAAGCAACUGAUCUGGAGUCUCAGCUGGACAGUUUCACAGCAGAGUAUCUGCACCCUCAUCAGUGAGCUUUGGGAAAUCCACUUUGUUUGGUGCUCAGUGUCAGACGAUCUUUUUGUCUGGACUCUUUCGUUUUACUGCCUCGUUACACAGAGUUAAAUGGACACUGCUGUUCUCCUCUGGUUUACCUCCUACACUAGACUCUUGCCCUCCAGCAGAUGUGAGAAUACAGUUGUAACUUAGCCAGGAAAAAAACUACUCCUUCACUCCAAGCCAAGCACUUUUUAACCCUACCAAGCCCUAAAUAUUUGGAACAAGCAACCUUAACAUUAAUGACACGACUAAUAAAUUACAUUGCACUCACCACUAAUAUAAUACCUAGGUAUAGCACAUGUAUGUACUACAGUAUAAUAGCAUAGGCAUUUGUUAGCAUUAUAUUAGUGAUCUAAUUAACGUUAAAACAGAACCAAUUAUUUAAAAAAUAUUAGUGUGAUUAACAAAAUUAAUUGAAAUGAUCACUAUUGGCAGUGUUGGCAGAUGCAACUGCAAAGACAAUUUGGAGAGGAAGGUAACACUGGUGGCAGUAUUACUUGAAUGCAAAGUAAGUAUUAUGUGAGGAUGCUGCUAAUGAAGUAAACUCUUGAAGGAUGGCUCUGUAUGUGAGACCAAUUUGUAAAAAUGGAAGAAGCAGCAGAUCAAAUGUUUUACGUGAAUGCGUUUUCUGUUGAUAAAUGAUAGAUAUCACAGGUUGCAUGGGUUAUGGAUAGCUUUGACGGCGUGAUUUAUUACAUGAUACAAGUAAUUGUGUACUUGCAUACCCCAUGAUACGAGUUAUCUUUUAAUCUGUUCAGUUGUAGUAGCAUAAUAACUGGCUGAUUCAGUGGUCACUGUCAAAUAAAUGUAAUGGACAGGAGCACACUGUAAACUGUCUGAAUGCCAAGUGAACGGAUAAGUCAAGCGGAAGGACUGCACACUAAAAGGGGUGGUUUGAGAAAUUAGCAUGCUGACAUUAGGCCAUUACAGCGUUAUUAUUCCUUAUCCCUGAUUUUACAUGAAAGCUUUCUCCUGUCCUCAGCAGAGCCUAAUGGCUUGAAAUGUACUUAACAUAUUUUUAAGGGAUAUGUACCUAAAAUGUGUAGGCUGUGAUACCGAAAUUGUAAAUUGAAUGUCCUGUAAAUGUUAUGACUUCAAAUUCAUGCUGUAAAUCCAGACAAUACAAACUUGACGCACUGUACUAUAUUUAAAUGAAAUGCUUUACAACUGUGAAUAUGCUUUCAGCAGGGAUCUCAAACUCGAACCCUGGAUGGCCACAGUGUCUGCUGAGGUUUGGUGCCUUGCUGCACUGUUUCAGUGCCAAGUCCCUGAUUGGCUGAAGGGUCCAGUCACCAUGCUUUUUAAUAAGGCCUUAAUUGGCUGCUGAUUGGAAGGAAACCACAAAAACAUGGAGACAUCACAGCCCCCCAAGACUGGAGUUUGAGAUCCUUGCUUUACAGUGUCUGUAGAUGAACUAUGACGUUUUUUUCCCCUAAGUGAACAACUUUAUUGUCACUAGUGAAUAUUAUUGUAAAUUACGUGGUCAGAUCAGUUUAAGAUCUCUGUCAGUAUUUUGACUGUUACCUCAAAUUAAGUAUUUUGAGAACACUAUUUUCUGAAUUUGCAAAUAAUACCCAUGAAACAAAGCUAUGUUUUUGGUGACAGGCUAGUUGCAACAUUGUUGCAUUGCCCAGGAUAAUAAAUUCUUGUGGAUAGCCUUUUCUGUAUCCAUUUUGUACUUUUCAUCAGUUUUAAGUUUCUACAAAUAUGACCUGGAAGGUUGAAAAAUUGAACUUUGUCUAUUUUACCAGGUAGAGGUUGCAUUUUAUUGUGUGUCUUGUUUAUGUGUGUGCAAGAGGAAAUCACACUGAUAACUGAAUUAUUUCUUAUCUGGGUUUUAUUAAGUCCAGGUUCUGAAAAAUGAAGAAACAAUAUAGACAAUAAACUACACCCUUGGUUUAAA